AUGAUUCUUUGGUCACCUUAUGUGAAUGAGUUUUCUCAGCUUCAUUGUAUUUAUAUAUUUAAGGUGAACAUCUCUGAUGCAUUACCUGAACGUCGAUGCGGAACACUGGAUAUUCGAAAUCAUCCAAGCAAAGGCUACAAGAUAGCCGGUCACAAAUCUAUAUCAAAUGCUCAUGUAAACUGCACAGUUAUGGAAGGAUCAUUUGUUAUGUCAUUGAUACAGAACUCAAACGUAACUGAGGCUGAUUUUCCUGUGUUCCAUCAUUUAAGGGAAAUCACUGGCUCGCUACUAAUUUUUCAUAUUGGCCUUUCAAAAUUGCGUCUGAUCCGAAAUGGGGGAGUAAGAAUCGCUGAGAACAACAAGAUGUGCUAUUCACGUUAUAUCGAUUGGAAGCAUAUUAUGGCUGGACCUUUGAAUGAUAUCUUAGUUGAUGAUGCUGUGGAAAUCGGAGUAGGAGAGGGAAAAAUCUGUAAGUUUGGUUUUUAG